UCCACCUCUGGUCUGGUUGGCAUGUAUCAUGGGCGAAGUACUGGUAAAGGGCCCUCCACUCCCACGCAGAUUUACCAGCAACCUCCAAGGCUUCUCAUUGUGCAUGCUCUACCGUCCUGGCCUCACAUCUGCUCCAACCUCUGUGAGGCUCUGCAGAACUUUUUCUGUCUAGCCUGCAGCUUGAUGGGCCCCAGCCGCAUGUCCCUCUUCAGCUUAUACAUGGUACAAAAUCAGCAUGAAUGUAUCCUUCCCUUUGUGCAAGUGAAAGGGAACUUUGCUAGGCUGCAGGCCUGCAUCUCAGAACUCCGCACGUUGCAGAAAGAAGGCUGUUUCAGACCACACAGCACUUCUCUGCAGCUGGCAGUAGAGGAUGGGCUCCAGCAGUUCAAACAGUACACCAGACACGUGGCCACAGGUGCAGCUCUGAGCUACACUUCCCUGGAGAUUACUGUUCUGACUUCUCAGCCUGGAAAAGAGGUGGUCAAACAAUUGGAGGAAGGAUUGAAAGAUACAGACCUAGUAAGGGUCAGGAGACUUCAGGUGGUUGAGAUCACAGAGGGAGUCCUAGAGUGUAUGGACUCAGUAUCCCCUGUUGAAGAGCCUAGCAGCGAUGAGAGUUCUGUUCUGGGAACUGACAUUGACCUUCAGACCAUAGACAAUGAUGUUGUCAGCAUGGAGAUUUUCUUCAAAGCCUGGCUACAUAACAGUGGAACAGACCAAGAACAUAUCCAUCUUCUUCUUCCUUCACGGUGUUUCAGCAACAUUUCCAGAUCCGGAGAUGAUUCAAUGUGCCUGAAAUGUGAUCUCCAAGAGCGACUUCUCAGCCCGUCCCUGCUCCCUGGCACAGCUGAUGGCUCCUUGAGAAUGGAUGACCCCAAAGGAGACUUCAGCACACUUUACCAGAUGGCCUCCCAGUCAUCGGCCUCUUGUUACAAGCUCCGGGUGAUCAAGGCUCUAAAUUCCAGUGGGAUCUGCGAGUCAUUGACAUAUGGACUGCCCUUCAUCCUCAGACCCACAAGCUGUUGGCAGCUGGACUGGGAUGAGCUAGAGACAAAUCAGCAGCAUUUCCAUGCUUUGUGUCACAGCCUGCUGAAAAGAGAAUGGCUGCUGUUGGCCAAAGGGGAGCCCCUGAGUGGAGGACACAGCCUGAGGACGCCUGCCAGCACUUUCUAUGUGAUUGUGCCAUCACGCUCCCCCACUCUGCUGGUGAAGGCAGUGGCCACUAGGGAACUGUUGCUGCCCAGCCCCUUCCCCCCGCUGCCUGAGGACCCAACUGACGUCAGCCUUAAGACUGUGGAGAGGGUGCUGGACAGCCUGGAGCUAGAGCCCACCUACAACCCCUUGCAGGCUUGGAGCCACCUGUACUCACACCUGAGCAACACCUUGACCAAGCUUCAGGGCCGGAUCCAGCCAAGCUUGGAAAGCCGGGCCCUGAGAAAGCAUCCCUGCAAGGCUGGGCAGUUGCAGACAAACCGAGUUCGAGCCACAGUGGCCCCCCUGCCUAUGACUCCAACCCCUGGCAGAGCCCCCAAGAUGCCAGCAGCCAGCAAGCCUUCCUCAGAAGUUUUCUUCUGGCCUUCCAAGGAGGAAGAAGUGGAGGAGCAGAAAGGGGAGGAGUAUCCCUCUGGGCCCUAAGUCACCAGCACCAGAGCCUGGCGGCCCUGUUCAACCACAUCCACACUAAGGCUCAUACAGUGAAUGGCCUUUGCUCCACCUGAGCCUCUGUGAGCUCCAGGCGACUGGGAAACAGAGCCUUUCCCUCCUCAGUCUUCAGAACUGCUGCCACCCCACUGCUUAGUCCUGGAAGA